AUGUCGCUACUUGUCAUGUCUACCGGACCAGACUCACCUCCGUCGAAAGACAAAUUAUCGCCGUCCUGGAUCCGCCGAGCUUCAGUUCCCUUCAGGAGAAAGUCCGUUCAAGAUGCUGAUUCGCGACCUUCAACCUCCAACAGCCUGUUGUCACCGCGCCCAACAUCCAGCAGAACCAACAGUGAAGAAGCGCAACGAGAGCGUUCGAAGAGCCCCGACAGCCGCACCUCUUUCCGCAACGUCGUGAACCGCCUGCGCUCAUCCUCCAGCGCCAGCUCCCUCGGUGGCAAAGUCGACGACACCGACAUCCACGACUGGUUCCAAGGUUUCCGCCGCUACAACCAACUCGUAACCACGCAAUUCUCCUCCGCCCCGUCCUUCAACGCGCAGGAUCUCACCAAAGCCACCAAGACUCUGACCAAGAAUUGCGGCGGCCAGCUCAUCCACGGCUUACCCGAGGCAGCAUUCGACUUCAGUCUCCUCUGGUGUCCCGCCGCCCAACUAGCCCGCCGCGACACCACCGCCCCAACCUGGAGUUGGACCGCAUACACGGGCCAAGUCACAUUCCCCUUCGACCCAACAACCUGCCCGGACCUAACCCGCACCUCCAAAGCCGAGGGCUCGCUAUUCCGCAGCGAAAUCACAAACUUCCACAUCGGCCCUGCCUCUACCCCAUACACCAUCCGCCGCGAAAAAAACACAUCCAUGCGCUCAACCUUCCCGCCCUAUUUUCACGCCCCGCGCGGCUCAGAUGCCAGCCUCGACGCCGACACGCUGCGCUUCACCGCCGCAACCAUCCCCGCGGAUGGCUUCAGUUCAGAGCAGUUGGACUACAACAACAAACCCAUUCCCGUGUGUCACCUCCUCGACGACAAAUCCCAGCACUGCGGCGUCAUAAUGGCGCACCACGACGACAUCGCCGCGCCCAGCUCCUCGGGACCCUUCGAAUUCGUCGCGCUUUCGCGCAACCUGCGGCGCGAGGCGAGUCCGCAUACGCGGCGGCCGGCGAAUCCGACGAUUCACCCGCCGGGCACGCCGAUCUGGGAUGGCGAGGGGUUCGUGUGGGACGAGGCGGUUGUGGAUUUCGAUGAGGGGGUGUUUGCGGAGGGAGAGUGGAGUAUGGUGAAUGUCAUGUUGGUCAAGUGGGUGGGUGAGCAUGCAGAGCGGGUGGCGGUUGGGCGGAUACACGAGGAUGCGUGGGCGGCAGGAGGUCCGGUUAGGAGGGAGAUUGUGCUGCGGUAG